AUGGCGUCCAACCUCCGGCUUCACUUGCAGCACUGCUUCUCGCUGCCGGCACUCCGGUCGUACUUGGCCGAGUUCAUCUCGGCCUUCCUCUUCGUGUUCACCGCCGUCGGCUCUGCCAUUUCUGCCCGGAUGAUCACGCCCGAUGUCACGUCCGACGCCUCGUCCCUGGUGGCCACCGCCGUCGCCCAGGCGUUCGGGCUCUUCGCCGCGGUGCUCAUCGCCGCCGACGUCUCCGGCGGCCAUGUCAACCCCGCCGUCACGUUCGCCUUCGCCAUCGGCGGCCACAUUGGUGUUCCGAGCGCUAUCUUCUACUGGGCGUCUCAAUUGCUCGGCUCCACCCUUGCCUGCCUCGUCCUCCACUUCUUCUCCGCCGGCCAGGCCGUGCCAACGACGAGGAUCUCCGUGGAGAUGACCGGGUUCGGCGCGGCGGUCUUGGAAGGGGUGCUCACGUUCCUGCUCGUGUACACCGUGCACGUGGCUGGCGACCCUCGCGCGGGCGGGAAGAAGGGGUUCGCGACGACGGCGCUGGGCUCCCUACUGGUGGGGCUCGUGGCGGGCGCGUGCGUGCUGGCGGCGGGCUCCCUCACGGGCGCGUCCAUGAACCCGGCGCGGUCGUUCGGGCCGGCGGUUGUCAGCGGGGACUUCAAGAACCAGGCCGUGUACUGGGUCGGCCCGAUGAUCGGCGCGGCGGUCGCGGCGCUGGUACACCAGAACCUGGUGUUCCCGGCCGUGCCCGAGCCGCUGUCGCACGAGUCGCGGCACGGGAACGUGGAAACGGUGGUGCUGUGACCUGUCAGAUCGGCGCAUCCUUUUGUCGUAGCUGUGGGGAGAUCAUGUGUGUU